AUGGCUUCCGCUCACGUCUCCGCCGCCCGCUACGGCAAAGACAACGUCCGAGUCCUCAAGACGGACCGCGACGCCGCCACGGGCAUCCACACCGUCACCGAAAUGACCGUCAGCUGCCUCCUCGAGGGCGACAUCGACAUCUCCUACACAAAGGGCGACAACAGCGUCGUCGUCGCCACAGACUCCAUCAAGAACACAAUCUUCAUCACCGCCAAGCAGAACCCCGUCAACCCGCCAGAGCUCUUCGCCGCCAUCCUCGGCUCCCACUUCAUUGAGAAAUACAGCCAUAUCCACGUCGCUAACGUCAAGGUCGUCACGCACCGCUGGACGCGCAUGGAGAUCCGGGGCAAGCCGCAUCCGCACAGCUUCAUGCGCGACGGCGAGGAGACGCGCAACGUCGAGGCCCGCAUCAGCCGCAAGGACGGCAUCGUCAUCAACAGCGGCAUCGAGGGCCUGACUGUGCUUAAGAGCACCGGCUCGGCCUUUCACGGCUUCGUGCGGGACGAGUUCACCACGUUGGGAGAGACCUGGGACCGCAUCCUGUCCACGGAUGUUGACGCUACCUGGACGUGGAAGACGUUUGCGGAUGUCAAAGCCGUGCGGGAGUUGAGCUCAAAGUUCAAUCCGGCGUGGGAGGAAGCUCGCAACAUUACGCUCACCAGAUUUGCCGAGGAUGAGAGCGCGAGCGUGCAAAACACAAUGUACAAGAUGUGUGAGCAGAUUCUGGCUGCUGUGCCGGAGACGGAGCUGGUUACCUACUCGCUCCCCAACAAGCACUUUUUCGAGCUCGACCUAAGCUGGCACAAGGGCAUCAAAAACACCGGCAAGGACGCCGAGGUCUACGUCCCUCAGUCAAACCCCAACGGCCUCAUCAAAUGCGAAGUUGCUCGUGGUCCCGCCACCAACCGCGAAUCACAUUUGUAG